AUGCGGACUGGGACCCCAUUCCUAGCGCUCGUUCUUCUGUUCCUGGUCGUUUAUUCCGCGUUGAUCUACUACAACUGGAAUAUCUGGCGAAUCGACUACGACAAGACAGAGAACGACGCUAAACAAGAGCUGAUCCGGCUAGCCAAACGAGUGAAGAUUCAGGAGGACAAAAAGAAACGUAAGAUUUUUUAAUUUUUUAAAAAGUUUAAAAUUUUUUUAGUUGCCUUCUUUACUUUAUUAUACUCUACCCUGCCCUAAAUAUAAUAAUUUUUAAAAACUUUUCAUUUUAAAAAAUUUUUAAAUUUUAAAAAGUCACAUUUCCCUCAAAUUCCCCAUAUCUAACCAAGAAUGUGCACUAAUUGUCUUUGUUUUUAUCGUCAACCGAAUCCGAUGACGUAGCCAUCGACGACGUCAUCGAUGGACUGGUUUUCCGCUCUUUUUUCUGACCAAGGCGGGUCGAUUUCUAAUUUUAAAAGCGAUUUUUGUUGUGGAUUCUCUUAUUUGUCUCAGAUCUUACUUUUCUUUAAAGAUCUUGUAUACACACUUAUCAGUAGCUUUUCUGGUAUUAUCUUGAAGUAAAGUUUUAAAAUUUUUGAAAUUUGAAAACAACUUUGAAGGUAGUAGAUGUUGUAAAAGAUUUUAUUCGUUUUUGUAGCUUGUUUACUAAGGGAGUGGGUUUUACUACUUUUGUUACUUUAAAGGGGUAGAGGUUUCAAGUAUGGGCUAAUAUGGGUAUUGAUAGAGUAGGGAGGAAGAAAGGAGGCAUUAGGGAGGGUAAAAAAGGAUGCAUUGGUAUCUCCAUAGUCUAAAAACCAGCUACAGAUAGGUGUGAGAUUGAUCUAAAUUUUCUUCCUUUUGCCACCCUCCUCCCCCUUGAGAAAAAAUGUUUUUACCCUGCUAACAUUGAGAAAAUUUUUUUUCACCUUGCCAAUUUCGACUUAUAUAAUAAUAGUUUUCUAAAAUUUAACGACUUUUUUAUUUAAAAAAAUGUUUUUACAGGAUUCCCAGAACGUGCUGAUAUCUUUGCUGUUCAACUCACAAAUUCUUCAUCAACCAAAGACACUGAACCUGUUGGUCUUCUAAAAUACGAAAGGUAAGCUUUUUUUCAAUAUUAUAUCUAAUUUUCAGUUUAAUUUUGUUAGAAAAAGCUUUUACAAGCUCUAAUUUUAUAUUUUUCUUCUAAAAUCUAUCUUUGAACACCCCCGUUUCAAUUUUUGUUACCUAAUUUUUGAACAUUAUUUUUCAACUCGAAUUUCAACUUAAAUUUUAAAAUCCUUUAUCAAGUCAUAAUUGUCACAACCUAAAGAUUCUUUCCCAUUUCUGUCGUUCCAACCCAUCGUUCUGUGAUCGUUCUGAAAGUGUGAACUGUGUCCUCUUAUCUUUACUGUAAAUCGCAGGCUUAAGACCGUUUUUUAAGAGUUUUGAUAAAUAAACCUGAGGGUAAAUGAUAGACAGGUAUUUUUUCGAAGUGAUAACAGGUCAAAACCCUAUUUAAGGAAAAGGUUAAGCUUAAUAUUAACGUUAAGCGGCUUGUCUGUGGUUUUGUUUUGAAUUUCGCGGGUUUUUGAGAGGAAAACUGAUUUUUUAGGUAUUAUAACUUGUUUUAGAAAGGUUUUUGAAAUAUUUUAAGGUCGUUUUAUACCUAUUCUUAUGUUCUUUGGCAAUUCUUUUGUUGUUAUUUUGAUAUGUUUUGGUCUUAUCUGCUUUGAAGGGACUUUUGCCUACUAUAAUAUAAUUCUAAACUUGUUUUUAAGUCUUUGAAUAAACUUCAUGUGUUAUAAAAUAGUUUAGGUCCUUUUUUAAUUGAAAAUCAAUUUUAUCCACUAUGAUAUAAUUUUCAAUUUAUUUUUGAAGCUUUUUAAUCAACUUUAUCUACUAUAAUAUCGUGUUAAACUCAUUUUUAAAAUUUCAAACUUAUUUCUUAAAUUCAAAGGUAACUUUUUAGAAAAUGUCCUCAAUUCGACGUGUUUUCGUACCCGCUCCAGCCGAACUGCUCCACCUGGGUUCGAACACUGCAUCAGGGCCUAGCCAGUUCGCGAUACCACACCGACCAGGCGCACGAUGUGUGUGUUCGCUGUGCCGUAAUCGACAGUCUCGACCAGUCUCGGUUCGCGCUGUCCCGACUCGAGCCCGAGGCUAAGACGAUAUUGCUUGUGAAUGAUGUGGUCACGAGUUUGCCAUCUAACGUUAUUGUCUUUUCACAACAUUUCUUGUAAGUUUGGAGGGAUAUUAGAUUGACGCUUAGUGUUAUAGUUGAAAAAUGUUAUUUCUUAGUUUAAAAUGAGUUUUAAGGUUUAAUUUAAUACUUUAUGUAUUAAAAACACAAGAACAAGGUUUUUUCAAAUGAAUUUGUUUUUAAAUUUCAGAAAUGAAAAUGGUGUAUAUCUUGACAUUCCCUCCAAAUGUAACCGAUCUCAACUCCCCGAUAUAUUGUAUUUUGACCCUAAAGUAAGUUUUUUAUACCUAAAAAUACCUUUUUCAUAAAAUUUCAAAGUUUUUCGUGCUUUUACUAACAAGAAAAGCAAUGUUAAAAGAUGGAUAGUUUAUAUUAGGUUGUUAAAAUAAUUCUGCGCUCCUGUCAAAGCAAAUUUUAGGGGUUAAGGGGCGCAGAAUUGUUCGAACAACCUAAUAACUCUAUUAAUAACUAAUAUAAAUAAUACUAAAUAAUAACUCAUAGAAUCAAUAUUUAUACCAGCUAGUAUAGUAUGCUAAAUAACAACUUGUUAAUCUAUAUACUAGAUAAUAAGUUAUACCUAUAUUUUAGUACAUCCUCCAAAUUCACAUCCCCAAUCCGUAUCGCAACAAGCCCAUGUUUAACACGUUAAUCGAAAAAUGCACAAAGAACUCCACCUACCAUAAUAUUCAAUGUGUGGUCACGGACUAUCCGGAUGAUGUUUUAAGAAAUUCAGGUAAUUUUUAAAAAUUAUAUGACUAUGUAUGUCUAUAAUAACUUUUUAAAAAACGACUAUAACCUCAUUCUCGACCACCACAACCAUCUAAUCCAUCUAUUUUCAGCUCAGUUCACCAUGAUCAACUACAACACCCCCCACAAAUACCUAAAAACCCUCUACCUAGCUUUAAAAGCCGGCUCCAUCCCUAUUAUCAUCGCUGAUAACUACCGUAACCUUCCCCUAUCUGACAUGAUCGACUGGUCACGAAUUGCUUUAAGAAUUCAUCCAGAUAGACUAGCUUUAUUGUUUAACACAUUACAAAGUAUACCCAGCCAUUUAAUAAAAGAAUAUCAAAGAAACGGUCGAUUUGUUUUCGAAAAUCACCUUUGCGACAGUUACGGUAAGUAA